CUACAUCACACGCGCUGGUGAGGCGUGGUUGAAGAACGCACCCAAUACAUACGAGCUUUUAGUUGGCGGUGACAGCUCAGGGGACAACAUCUCUUUUCUUGUAUUUUACCACCGGUUUUUUUGUUUCACGUCUUUUUGACCUUCUCAGGUAGAUCAAAGGCAAGCUAAGCAACAUGAAUCCUCAGUGUAGCAGAUGUAACAAGAUUGUGUACCCUACGGAAAAAGUAAACUGUUUGGACAAGUAUUGGCACAAAGGAUGUUUCAGCUGCGAGGUCUGCAAAAUGACUCUGAAUAUGAAGAACUACAAAGGCUUUGACAAGAAACCCUACUGCAGCCAACACUACCCCAAAACAUCCUUCACCAUUGUGGCCGACACACCUGAAAACCUUCGACUCAAACAGCAGAGCAAGAUGCAGAGUCAAGUGCUGUACAAAGAGGACUUUGAGAAGAACAAGGGGAAAGGGUUCAGCGUGGUGUCUGAUACACCAGAACUGCAGAGGGUCAGGAAAACGCAAGACCAGAUCAGCAACAUAAAAUAUCAUGAGGACUUUGAGAAAGGUCGGAUGGGAGGAGAGGGCACACCCACUGAUACCUACCCCAACCUAAGCUAUCAGCAGCCACCUCAGUCUCCAAGUUACAACUAUGAUCCACAGCCUGUGCGUUUUGCAGCUGCUCCACCGCCCUCUAGUGCUGGGCCUGUGCGUUCUGCAGCUGUUCCGCCGCCCUCUAGUGGUGGGAAGCGCUAUAGAGCAGUGUACGAUUACACUGCUGCCGAUGAGGAUGAGGUCUCAUUCGCAGAUGGCGACUUGAUAUUAGAUGUACAGCAGAUUGAUGAGGGCUGGAUGUUUGGACGCGUGGAGCGUACAGGGCAGCAGGGGAUGCUUCCAGCCAAUUACAUCGAGGCAAUCUGAGGAAAAGAGCCAGGUCCAAAAACAGAGAAAUAAAGGGACAAUUCUUAUUACGUCUCAGUUAAAAUUUAUUUUACUUUUUUUUAUUUGCCCCAGCGUUUGAUAAUUUCAUCCAAAACAGAAGAGAACUCAACCAAACAUCUAGGCUUUAGUUUGACUGACAAGGCUAAUAAGCUUAGAAGAAAUCAGAUCUUGGCUUUUUGUUUUUAUUUUUAAGCUCUCCCUGCAAUGCUGCAUAGUUGUGCAUUGCUUUGCUGCCAUGUUUAAAUUCUGCAGGUCGUUCUCUUUCUUUGAUUUGAAAACUGCAGUGAAUCUAUGUAAAGAUAAGUGGGUGAUGCCAGUCAGUAUGUUAGGGCUGUAGAAUCUGCUGGGAAAUUUUUUAUAUUCCAAAAGUGGCAGUGUGAAUGGACAACAUUCAUCAUGUUGUAUGUCUUAAACAGUGGUUUUAUUGCGAGAACUGCUAAACAACCCCUUCUGCCUCUGGAAUAUUUCUAUAUGCACUUGGAGGGAACUACCAAAAAGAAUAUUAAGAUUUUAUAUGUGCAAAAUAUUGUUUUUGGCAAGUCGGUAGAGUCACUGUCGUCCUUCAAGAAUGAGAUGAACCACAAAACAAUGAGGUUUUAUAGAAUUAUUAUAAAAAAUAAAACUAUGUAUAGUAUAAUCACCAGUUUUUAUCAUUCCAGUGAUAUUUUGUAACAAAUCAUUCCAAUCCAUUAUAUUGAAUAAUAAA